AUGGCUGACAGAUUGACACAAUUGCAAAUUUGCCUGGACCAGCUCGUGGAGCAAUUCUGUGCCACUUUAAACUACGUUGACAAGAACCACGAUUUCGUUCCAGCUCAAGAUGAAGAGAAAAUGGCUGAUGCUCAAGCAACAGUUGCAGACCCCAAAGAGUUCCAAUCCACAAUGAAUGAGCUAUCCACUGACAUAAUACUGAAAACUAGACAGAUCCUGGCACUGAUAACGUCCUUACCAGGGGCUGGUGUUUCUCCAAGGGAUCAAAUAUCGAGAAUACAAGAAUUACAAAAUGAAUUGGUUUCAAUUGAACAAACAAAAGUGGAAAAGAUAAGGCAAAAAGAUGAGUUAUUAGAAUGGUGUAAUGGGCUAAUAUCGGAUUUCUCCAAGGAUUUGAUAGAUUCAAGAAGAGGGUUAUAA